GUAGAAUCUUGAGAUGUUCAUUACAGGUUGGCGCGAGCCUGCGAUAGAUACGUGGUAUAUGUAGUUCGUUGUACAAAGCUUGGUGUAUAUAUAGUUAUAUUUUACGCGUAUAAAAGCUUUAAUUAUCAAUACUUUAUUUUACUUAAACAGAAGUUAGAAAGUUACAGAAUCAAGAUGUUUUGGGGUUUGAUAAUGGAACCGAACAAACGGUACACACAGACCGUUGAAAAAUCAUUCCACGUUUCAAUGGCGAGUUUAGAUCUUACAACUGCCGAUGAUAAUUUGGUUCAAGUAAUGUUAUGUUAUGAUAACAGAAAUUACUUAUUAUGCAGUUUAAAAAAAAAUUCAAAUUGGCAAGUACCACUUGAUUUAAAUUUCGAAGAAGGAACUAAAAUUGCAUUUACAUGUAAUGGUCAUGGUCAUGUACAUUUAACCGGUUAUUUAAUACCUGAUGAAGACUUAGAUUUAGAUGAAUUAGAAGAAGAAGAAGAUGAUGACGAUGAUGAAGUCCCACAAUUAGUUGAUAAACAAAUGAAAAGAAAAGCAAAGGAUUUAAAGAGUAAAAAGAAGAUCAAGCGGCCUAAGCAAGAAAUUGAAGCAGAAUCUUCAGACGAAGAUAUAGAAUUAGAUGGCACAAAUGAAGAGAAUGAUUCCGAAGACUCUUCCGAUGAUUAUCAAGCAGCAAUGUUAAAUCAGGAAGAUGAGGAUGAUGAUGAUGAUGAAGAUGAUGAAGAAGAUGAAGAAGACGAAGAUGAUGAAGGAGACAAAAAAGUAGUAAAAUCUCAACAAAAGGAUAAAAAGAGCAAACAACAACAACAACAAAAGAAAAAAGAAGAUAAGAAAAAGUUAGUAAAUGGAAAGGAAUUAAAACAGGAUCAGCAAAUUAAACAAAAGAAGAAUAAAGAUCAUCAAUCAAGUGAUCAGAAUGUCCAAAGUGAUCAGAAGAAAAGAGUAGUAGAAGGUGGAGUCAUAGUCGAAGAUAUAAAAGUUGGUAAUGGUACUCCUGCAAAGAGUGGGAAAUUCGUUUCUGUGUAUUAUGUAGGCCGUUUGAAAAAUGGUAGGAAAUUCGAUUCAACGACACAAGGAGAAGGCUUCAAAUUUAGACUUGGAAAGGGAGAAGUAAUUAAAGGAUGGGAUGUUGGUAUCAUAGGAAUGAAAGUAGGAGGAAAACGUCGUAUUACAGUACCACCAGCUAUGGGAUAUGGAGCAAGAGGUUCACCACCAGUUAUUCCUAGCAACAGUACGUUGGUAUUCGAGAUUGAACUUAGGAAUGUACAUUGAAAACUAAGAAUCUUUUAUUGAUUUCUAAAUAUUUGUUAAACUAUGUAUAAUGUAUUUUAAAAUAAUAAACGAAACAUCCUUUUUUAUUGCCCAUUAAA